AUACGUUGGAAAAUCAAAUAAAUGAGCACUAGUUGCUAAGAAAUCUGCCCAGUGGGCUGAUUGUUUGGAAAAAUUGGGGGGGGGGGGGAGGCAAGGAGCCCUUCUUUGUUCUGUUUUCCCGUCUUCAUCGGUUCGGCGCACGCAAGUGGCUUUUCUGGUCGCAAGUGAACCUUAUCUACUUCGAUCGUUCUUCAGCUCGCAUAUGGCAGUUUGCUUACCAAAGGGAGGAGCGUAAUUAAGAGUAAAUCUCGGAGGAAAAGGAACUUAAAGGAAACGAUUUUACCUCUUAUUUGGUACGGUUUGAGCAGCAUGGGUGCCGUCAAGUCGAAAGUAGACGUGGAAGUUAUCCAUCAUGAGGUGCAGUCAACACCUGUAGUGAUCUAUACUAAAGACGGAUGUGGGUUUUGCGCCAAAGCUAGGGAGCUGCUCAACAAAGAGGGAAUCGAGUACAAGGACUGUAAUGUGGAUCGAAUAAAGGAAGAUACACCCGAUGCUUAUCAAGCACGGGUCAAUGGCCUGGUCUACAUGACUCAUCAAACAACCAUGCCGCAGAUCUUUAUCUGCGGCAACUUUGUUGGCGGCUUCACCGAUUUAGAGAAACUACGAGAGACGCGAAGACUUUGGGAUGUGUUAGCAACAUGCACUGAGGAAAACGAUCUUCUAAGGAUUACCUUCUCAUCAAAGAAUCCCGCGCCUUUUUUCUUUACUGCGACAGAGCUCGGCAAUGGUGGCAAACGCCGAACUGGAAAUCGUUUUAUGGUUGUACCACAUCCCGACAAUUCUUCCACAAAGAAAUUUUUGGCGGAUCAUUCAUACUUCCCAAUACUUUUGUGAAAACUAGUCCUCAUACGUUGUGCAGUAACGUUUAUAAGAACCAGUAGCC